AUGUACAAGAAGGCCCUUCACUCUUUCUUCCUGAAGGUUCACCCGGAUUUUUUCCACCACAACCGCAGCCAACAGCUGGUGAACGAGAACUCCGUGGCGCGCCUCAAUGAGUUGCUGAGUUGGGCCAAGGCGUUUAAGAGCGGCACGCUACGCCCGCCCCCGGCGACAUCCAUCACGCUGGCCUUCUACACGAAACCCGACGACGGUGGCGUGGGUGAGGAUGCACCAGGAGGCAACCAGCAAAGGGCGGCGCCAUCCUCCUCCUUCUCCCAAGGCGGGUUUAAGGCAGAGAAAUCGUCGUCGCCGUUUCUCAUUGAGUCCACGUUUGAGCUGGCAGACAACUUCACUCCGGACGACGCCCAUCGGGGCUCGGUGGAACGAUCCGUCAACAAGUUCCUGCGGGACCUGCUGCGGCGGGCAGCAUGCAUCGACGGCAUCACAGAGUCCAUCUCCAGCGCAGAGGACGCGACGGCGGAGCGUGCGGAGGCAAGACCACUGCGGCGGCGCCCCGGUCCACAUCGACGCAAGGUUGAGAAGCCUAAGUCCCUUUUGGAUGAGGCGACAGAGAGCAUGACGUUGCAGUGGAGCAUCACCCCGGCACCAACGCUGGAUGAACUGAUGGAGGCGGAUCAAAUUCUUUUUGCACGUGAACUGUCCCCUUUGCAAUCUGCCUCUGCACUUCACACGCUGCGCCAACAUCUUGGGGAGCUUCGAUACCCGGCAUGGGAGUCUAUGCCACUGAUCAUAUCGAACGAAUUCAACAUUGGCGAGGUCGCAGGGACUUUAACGAUUCCAUGGGACUUCACCCCUUUACAAUUUCUUGCCUUUCUUGCACGGAACGAUAAGGCCAUUCUACAUUGCCGUGAGGCCGCUAUGCGUUUUGCGAAUACGAUGGAACAACUCAUUUCCGAAAUUAGUCACGAACUUGACUUGGACGAUAUUUUGAUAUCUUGUAGCCAUAAGGAUGCCAUUUUGGUGUUGCAACUGCUGCAGCGCAACAAGGAACUUCUUCGUGGCUAUGGUUUAACUGAUCUCACACUGGAAAUUGGGACACGGCAUGCCAUGCGGGCCAAUGGUGUGGUGAUCAUCAGUUGCGAACUCACCGCCGACGAGCUGCGCCCAUGGCUAAAGAAGUUACAGCCCAAGCUUGCCUUACAUAAACGCCUUUACCGGAUCUCAAAGCAACUAUUAGAGGCGACAAUGUGGCAUUUAAAGGAAUUUCGAACGAUGGCUGAACCGGGCGGCAUUGACGCUUUUAAUAACGACUACACAUAUGCCCAAAGGCUGGAAUGGGCGAAGGAAUUGUUUCGCAUCGGUUCAUCGUUGGCCCCAUGGGACUGGAAGGAAAUCACAUUUGUACUUGCCCCUGAUGUGGAUGUUGACUGGGCGAAAGGGCUCAUUGCUCUCCCCUAUAAUUUUAAUGGGGAUGCCUUUGUACGUUACGUUGAGGAGGUUCAGCACGAGGCCAAGAGACGCAAGCGGGAGGAACUUCUAGAGGACGAUGCGAUGCGACGUCAGGGGGCUGAAGACAAGCGGCAGCAGGAGCAUGACGAGGAGUUGAUGGUUCAAGCUGACGAAAAUAAAGAGAGCGGAGAAAAGUUAUCUCAGGAUUACUUGCGUGACAUGUACAGGCGGACGAGUCCACAUAUGGAGGAAUACCUGGCGUCUAGUAGUCACCGCGUGGACACGCUGUCGGUGGAGCGGCCACUCUCACACGCCGUGACGUUUAACUCCGACGCCGAGGCUGAAGACCAGCUGAAGUGGGAAGGGUUCUAUGCGGAUCCAUACGUGGACCAAGUGCCUACAGGCGAUCUGGACGACGUUGCCCACACGUUCAUGCUAACAAACCGCUGGCACCGCGAGGAGGCGGCGAAGAAAAUGCUCGAACAGCUGCGUGACAGUUACGGGAAGAAAAGCCGCCGAUUUGAUUAUCAGAAGAUGGGCGAUGUGCUGGAAAUUAACAACGCCAAAGUGCAGCCAAAGGGAUUUCCAACGAUUCCGAGGGGAUUAAGACCAACCCAGUAG